UCUAACAGUCGCGUGAAUAUCAUCACCAAAGGUACAUAUAUACGUAGUUUUUCAAUACUACUUAUAAUCAUUCCGUUCCAGGUUUCGGUCCUGUUGAGACGAGAUCGUCGUGAAAUUUAAAAAAAAAAUCGUCGUUUAAAAAUUAAUAAAAAAAAAUUUCUUUAGUGAUUUUUUCCAGAUUUCUAAGUGAUUCACCAAAAAAAUUAAAAGUGUUAAAAAAAAAUGCAUUUAUCAUUUAUAAUUUUGAGUGCGUUUGUACUAUUUAUAGUACAAUAUAAUAAUAAUUUUGUAAAUGCCGGUAGUUGUCGCGAGGCAAAUUUAUGUUGUCCCGGGCGCGAUUCAUCGUGUGUUGUACAAAAAGCUCCAAUUAAUGCAAUUAUCGAAGACUUAAGUGAUAAACCAUGUUAUUGCGAUCAUGCAUGUCUGAAAUUGGGCGAUUGCUGUACCGAUUUUAAAGAUGCGUGCGGAGUUGUGGACUGUGAUGUAUCCGAUUGGCAACCAUGGAGUGCAUGUGAUGCAAAAUGUGGACCCGGUAUGAUGCAACGUUCACGUAAAGUGUUACGACAACCAUUGAAUGGUGGUAAACAUUGUCCUGGAUUAAUACAAAAACGUGGUUGUCAAGGCAUACAAUGUGAACAUCAUACUAAAACACCAUUACGUGAAAUGGCAAUGUUGUUACCAGCUUCACUAUCUCACAUCAGACGUAUAAAUGAAACUAGUGACAUUCGACGUAAUCUACGUUUACGAUAUCCUGUUGAACCAGAUCAGGAUCAUGAAAAAGAUUAUUGUGUUGAAUUUGAAGUAUUAAAAGCAUCAAAAGCCUGUCGAAAAGAGAAUCUAUAUAGUGCAUUACGUGAAGGUGAACGUGUAUGCGUACGCUGUGAAUCACAAGCACUACGUAAAUACCUUGGAUGGCGAUGCCAAGGACAUGGUGUAGAAGGUCGUAGCACGCGUUGGAGUGCAUUAUCAGCACCACAUUGUCACGGUAAAUGGAUUCGUAUACAACAUGAUCCAUCCAUACACAACACACAACAACCAGCAACAACAACAAACGAUGCUAAACAAAUUUUCGGUUAUGAAAAUCAACCAAAAUGUUCAACAAAAACAUGUAAUAAAAAUGGUGGUCCAGCAUUUAUUUUUGUUUAAUUAUUAAUUUUAGUAUUAUAUUAUUCUUUUAUUUUUUUGCUUGGUAUCGACACAUAUUCUCCCGUUAAAUGUUGUGUUCAAAAAAUAAUAAUAAAUAUAAUAAA